AUUCCAGCAUCCGACAGUGAGGGGGUUCGGAGGGGUUGGAAGAGAAAAUUACAAAGGGUGGAGUUGAAAUGUUGGAUAAGGGUGUAGUCGGAGGGAUGUCACGACACGAGAAAGAAGCCCCGAGCGGUUAAAAUGCUCGUACGGAAGCCAAAUCAAGAGUAUCAUCUUGUCAGUCGAUUAGUCGACGUUCGACGCUGCUAAAAUGAGAGUGGAAUGGUGAUGCGAGAGCUCGUCUGUGGGAUAAUCUACUGUGCCCUGUGGUACGGAAGCAUCGUAGCAGGAUUUCUUUUCAUCGCUUGUCCUCUACUUCCGCUUCUGAUUCUGUCGCCUCCGAAAUUCAGAAAAUGCGGGGAUUUACUCUUUUCGUAUUGGGAACUUUAUCCCACGGCGCUGCUGGAGUUGUUUGGGGUGAGGGUGAUAGUAUCGGGGGAUCAUAUAUCCCCGGAUGAGUCCGCGAUACUCGUCAUGAAUCAUCGAACUCGAGUCGACUGGAAUUUCCUGUGGGCUGCGAUGUAUCAGGCCUGUAUGCCAAAUAUUGCCGCUCACAAACUUAAAUUCAUCCUAAAGGACCCCAUUCGUCACAUCCCAGGACCUGGUUGGAUAAUGCAGAUGAAUGGAUUCCUUUACAUAACACGUCGUUGGGAAAAAGACAAGGACCGUCUGUCCCGGACCCUCGAUUAUCUCGUGGCCCUUCAACGUCGAACUCAACUUCUCAUCUUCCCUGAGGGUACAGACCUUACCCCGACGAGUAAAUCCAAGUCCGAUAGAUAUGCAGAGAAGAAUAAUCUUCCCUUAUACUCGCACACCCUCCACCCGAAGACCACCGGAUUCUCCCACUUGGCACGUCAUCUCCAGGGCUCUGAGUACCUCGAUGCUAUCUAUGACCUCACCGUAGGGUAUCCCGAUUAUGUCCCUCAAUCUGAGGUCGACCUCAUCCGGGGCAAGUUGCCUAGAGAAGUGCACUUCCACGUUCAAAGAAUUCCUGCUUCCCAGGUGCCCCACGGUGAGGAGGAACUCAGGAAAUGGCUAGAAGACAGGUGGAGCGCCAAGGAGAAGAUGCUGAAGGACUUUUCCCAGAAGAAGCGUUUCGUCUCCGACGCCUGGAAUUUUCCCAUGACCUUCUCCCUGAAGGUUGCCUUCGGCUUCUGGACACUCCUGACGAUUUCUGCUGCUCUCAUGCUCAUCACCUCCACUUGGUUCCAGGUGUGGACCGUUGCACAUGCAUUUUUUUUCCUCUUCCUCUCGCUGUUCAGCACUGGCUUCAGCCAACUGGAGAUAGGGUAUUACUGGAAGUGGAGAAAUUUAUCGAAGGGUAAGGGGCAGUAAGAAGGAGCUGUUGAUAUCCUGAAGGCAGUACUGUGAUAUUGAAUGAUGUAGGAAUUAUUUAGAGACGGACGUUUGAGAAUUUCGUAGAAGUCUUGAAUAGAACUGUAAUAAAAUUUCAAGACAGGUCCUGAGAGAUUCAGGAAUUCAAUACAAUUUUUUAGACAAAGCCUUGGGCUCUUUUAUUAAUUUUUUGAAAAUUCUAUUGGAACUUUGGGAAAGGAACAUGUAGCGUCAGCAUUUCGAGUCAAAAAUUUGACAAAAAUUCGAAAUUCGAAUUUUUUGGAAAAUGGACAAUCGAUUUUUCUUCUAAAAAUAAUUUUU